AUGGCAGGCAUGGAGUACCAACGAGAAGACCAAAAAUUUAAUCAGGCAAUGGCCACAUACCUGAGUCUGCAACACCAGGCACCCAGGGGAGACUGCUGCCAUCACCGGAUAAAACCCACAAAACCCAUGGAGCCAGGCCUUGUCCUCAACCGGGCCGAUCUUCACCUCUUUUCUGGGACCGUCAGGAGAGCUGCUGAGCCUACUUCCCCAACCUUCAUCGUGCCAUCUGAGCCCCAGAAAAAAGAAGAUGAGAAUUCCAGGCAGGGUGGCAGAAGGCAUAGCGUGCCUGCCACCCUGUGCUGCCAGCCUGGGAGGAUCCACCUUGCCCACCUAUCUGACAUGCGCUGUCCUGUGGCUGAUUCCCUCAUGAGCAGCAGCCUGGACAGCAGCAAGAGUUUCUCGCCAUCGAAGAUCGGGUUGUGUGGCAGCCUGACGGCGAGUGCCCAGCCAUCCUGCUCUCUGUACCACCCUCUUGGGGCAGACCACAGUGAGGCUGCAAAUGAUGCAGAGAAACUCUGGAGCUCGCUGGGGACGGCUCUGUGUGUAACCCCCAAAGGCUCCUCCCUUGGGGACACGCUGCAGGAAGAAGUGACCACCAGACAGGAAGAGGCCAUCAGUCAUGGUCAGCUCCAGGAUGCCAGGCCAACUUCCUCCCGAAACCAGAGGCGUCACCGCUGGAAGAGGGUCAAGAAAACCAUUGCAAACAUUUUUCGACACCUGUGUUGCUGUCUGCCUCCUGCAGAGACAAACCAUGCCUCCCAUGAGAACCAGGCUCCACAGUCAGGGGAUCCUAGAGGCACCCACAGAACCAGAUACAGAAGUGUGGCUUAUCCGAGCCCCUCCAGACUUUGCCCCACAGUGCUACUGAGCCCAAUUUCAUACAAUGCUGGUGAUCAAAUCCAGGGCCCGUUCAUACUAGGGAAGAGGAAAAGGAAGAGAAAGGUCGCAGAGGCCUCAGACAUUCAGGAGGCAGUCAAUGGGCAUGGGGCCAUGGAGGUGGACACAGCCUGGAGUGGCCUAGAAAUGAGGAAGAAGAAAAAGAAGCACCAGGUGAGCAAGGUAGAGAUGCUGGAGGCUGAGACACUAGAGCCCAUGGCAGAGAUGGCAGAGCCCAUGGGACUGCCAUUCCCAUCUGCCAGCAGCAGCAAGAAGAGGACGAGCAAGUCCACGGGAGCAGAGACGUUCCAGCCAGAAGAGGAGCUGGAACCCAUGGAAUCUGUGGCAAAAAUAGAGCCUCCUGAUGAGACCAUCCUGUCCCCCACCAAGAAAAAGAGGCAGAAGGAGGCUGAAGGGAUGAAAGCAGUGGAGGCCAUUGCGGUUGCCUCUCAGCUACAAAUCACUGUGGAACGCCAGGAGGAAGCCUUCCCACUGCCCCCCACAAAGAAGAGGAGAAAAGAAAAGAGGCAGAAUUUGGUGAUGGAGCCAGAUAUAGGGCUCCCUGGAGAGACCACAGAGCCUGAACUUUCAGAACAUGGGCUUCAGGUUGAGGCAGCUCCUGUGUCUCCCAAGAAGACCAAGAAGAAGAAAAAGUGGCUGGGCAAGAUGCUGGCCUUGGGGGCAGAGGUGGCAGAAGCUGCACUUGCAGCUAACUUUGAGCCCCAGGUGGCUCCAGCACCCAGCAAGAAGAAAGAGAAAGGACAGAAGGUGAUAGAUCCCCCGUCUGAGAUGAGUGACCCAAGAGAAUUUGAGGAACCUGAGGCUGGAGCAAUUCAAAGAUCCACAAAGAAGAAGGAGGAGGAGGAGGAGGAAGAGGAAGAGGAGGAGAAGUCAGGAAAGUGGGGUGUAAGGCAUCAUUCCCCACUGAGAGAUGUAUCCCACAGGACAGGAGAAAAAGCAGAGGAGCCUUACUAACAUCCUGGGGAAAGUGAGGAACUAACAGAGCUGAGGUGGCCCAGGUAGGCUGUCAGAAACCAGCUGCAGGUGGUCUCCUCAAGCAAACACGUCAGUACAUCCAGCAGGAGCCUGGGCCUGGAAAAGGCUUUAUUGCAACACUAAAGCCUCAGUGACAGCAGAUCACCGGGGCGCUUUGAGGAAGGGUUCAUGGAGGACCAGGAUGUCAAAGAGCCUGCGAGCCUAAGGGCAGGAGAGAAGAGCUUGUCAUUAAAGGCUGUCUGAAAAAAAGAAAAGGGUCCCUAAGUGUUCCCCCACUGGGAGAACACAUUUCUGGGUUUUAAUCUGCUCUGUCUCUGAGCAACCCUAUCUGAGAAGAACAGAACCCCAUGCUUCCCAGCCCAUCAUUACGGGAUCCAUUC